AUGUCACACCUCUUCGUCAGAAACUUGACCUUCCAGUCCAACGACCUCGGCAAGGAGGCGACAAUCAUGCUCACUUUCGAUGCCGACAUAGAAGGCCUCUACGAGGAUUUCUUCCCUGUAGUUUGGAAGGUCAGCAAAUUCGGGGAGACGGGUCCAUACAGGACUCACGCGACCUAUACGAGCCAACUUGCUUUCUCCAAACCGCAGGUCGUGGAUGGGAACAUCAUCGACGCUGAAACUGCCGUUAAGAUCAAUGUCAGCGAGAGAACAAACCUGACCGAGGCCAACGAUGUCUAUCAUUUCUCUCCCCCUCGCCCAGGAGCCUCUGGUGUCCUGCAGGCCGUGAAUGAGACUGGGGCCAUUCAGGAUAUUGCAGUCGGCUUCAUGAGCCCAGGAGACUUGAUGCCCCAGCCCGCACUCUACUUCAAUGGUGUUGGAGAUGGCAGUCAUGUCACUGCUCGGUUCACCCCGAUCCUGCGCGCCUACAUUACGUCGGACUAUCAAGAGACUGCAAUCAUACGAGGCGCCAUCGACACUCCUGCGGUCUGGUCGCAGGACCUCGCUGCGCUUGCUGAGAGCACGACUUGGACGCUCUCACGCGACCCGUCCAAUGGACACUACACGAUCGUCCAAUCUUGA